CAGGCUAUCUAGCUGGAGUUCCUCCCAGCUGUCUGCUUUUGUUUUCGUUCAUUCGUGUCAUUCUUGCAGUUUCUGUUCUAGCUGUAUUUACUCCGAUUUUAAUUUAUUUACUGCAUCUUGGGGGAGACUAAAAGGCGCAUAAUGUCUGAGCCAGGGAAAGGGGUCAAUGCCGGUAAACUGGCAAGUAAUGUACAGAAGAGGAUAACUCGAGUACAAGAGAAGAUGAUGCAGAAGCUGGGAAAGGCUGAUGAGACCAAAGACACAGUAUUUGAGGAAGGUGUGGCUAACUUCAACAAGCAGAUGGCUGAAGGCACUAAAUUACAAAGAGACCUACGGGCAUAUCUAGCAGCAAUCAAGACAAUGCAUGAAUGCUCCAAGCAUCUGCAGGAAUGUCUAUCAGACAUGUAUGAGCCAGACUGGUUUGGGAAGGAGGAGGUAGAUUCCAUCACAGAGGACUCAGAUAUCGUAUGGGAAGACCUCCAUCAGAAGCUUAUGGACAGUGCUCUCAACUCUAUGGAUACAUACAUGGCUCAGUUUCCUGAAAUUAAGGCCCGUAUUGCUAAACGUGACAGGAAGCUGGUUGACUUUGACAGUGCCAGACAUCACUUUGCCUCUAUACAGAAAGCCAAGAAGAAGGAUGAGGCCAAAACUGCCAAGCCCUUGACUUUAAUGGAGAAAGCUGCUCCAAGUUGGGCUCAGGGAAUAAUCUCAGCACAUCAAAUUGCUCAAACUAACCUCAACAGAUGCCAGGCAGAGGAAGAGUUGGCUCGAGCUCAGAAGGUGUUUGAAGAGAUCAACUGUGAUCUCCAGGAGGAGCUUCCAUCCUUGUGGAAUAGUCGUGUUGGUUUCUAUGUGACCACCUUUCAGAGUAUAGCUGCACUGGAGGAGACAUUUCACAGAGAGAUAGGCAAACUCAACCAAAAUCUGUGUAAUACGCUGAUCAAACUGGAAGAACAGCAAGAGAUCAAAAAAGCUGUUAUGACUACGGGGAAGAGUGGAGCAGCAGCCAACCACAAUGCUACAGUAGAGUCAGACAUCACUAAACCAGCAUCUAAGCUUAAACCAGGGCCGCCGGUCCCCCUGCCCCCCAGGCCCUCUCCAUCUAAAGAAGUGAAACAGGACGACAUUAACCUCUUUGAGGAUGAGCUGGUUCCCAAUAUUAACUAUACCGCCCCAUCACAGGUGGAUUAUUGGGACUCGUGGGAGACUGAUGCAACUGCUACUACCCAGCCACAUGCUGCUACGACAGUAACCAAUGGCUCAUCAGAUGCCAAACUCCCAACAGGAGUUCUCUAUAAGGUAAAAGCAUUGCAUGAUUAUGCUGCCACAGACAACGAUGAGCUAGACCUCAAAGCUGGUGAUGUCGUACUUGUGAUACCCUAUAUCAACUCCGACGAGCAGGAUGAAGGCUGGUUGCUUGGUGUGAAGGAAUCCAGCUGGCUUCAGAAUAAGAACCUUACUGCUAAAGGGGUAUUCCCUGAAAAUUUCACCCAGAGAUUGUGAGCAGGGCAUCCAUCUAUAUUUGUUCUCAACUCCGUUUCAUUAUGCUAUUUCUUUCACACAUUUUUUUUCUUUUUAUCUACAUGUAUUUUGUGUUUUGAAAAACAAGGGCUUGUUAAUAAAACCAAACCUAGGUUUUGUUCUAAGUACACUAAUCCUGUCGUAUAUAUUGUUUGGGGGUGGAGUGCAUUGCAAAGGGAAAAGUGUGACAUUUGGAACACCCCAUUAUCUUUGAAUGUGACCUCAGUAAAGCACACUGCAACUUGAAAUUUGACAGAAAGCUGAAAGAGAAGCACAACGGGUACUUUUUAACCUUUGUAUUGACACAUUAAAUGUGCGUGAUUUUAAAUGUGGCUUUAAGAGCUUCAAAGAAAUAAAUAAAUACACACAGUGCCAGUGAGAUUAAUUAAUUAAUUGUUGAAUGAAUGACACAUACCACUGUUGAAAUUAAUCCAUAAAUUGGUUAAUUUAUGUCAUUUAGUUGGAACUUGGAAAGCACUUUGUGUAACUUAAUUGUGAUCUGGAUCUUUCCUUACCUGCAUGAUAAAAACAGCCUCAGUAACUAAGACAGACAACGACAUCUUAUCUUUUAAGGUUUUACUAUGUUUGAGUCUGUUGAUUAUUUUAUUGUUAACCUAAGUUCAGAAUAUUAUUUGAAAUGAAGAUAACCAAAGAAUCCAUCUGGGGCAAAAAUUACACUGUAUGAAAAAGUAUUGCUUGAAACGUUUGUUGCAGUGUAAUUAUUUUAAUCUUUAUGUUAUGGCUGCAUGAUUAUUUUAUAGUGUUUUCUUUAAUGGGGCACAAAAUGCCUCUCUUAAAAAUCUGGAAUAGUCUGGACAGAGAUGCCACCUCAGUGAGUUAGACUUAUCUAUAAAAUUUCACGAUGUUGCAUUUCUAAUCUUUCACCUUGGUGGUCAGCUGAUGUUGGCCAGUGAUGGCACACAGAAUUCCAGUUGGCUUACAUUCAUUUUUCUGUCAAGAACAAAAAUGCAAAGCUAUAACUGUAUUAUCUGCUGAUGUACUGUGAAAUCUUUGCUAGGGCUUAUUAGCCUGUACUGUGGCCUAUAAUCUAUGAUGUAUUGCUGUCUUCUCUAGAUCAUUAUCCACAAUCAGAAUGAGAGUGAAUACUUUCAUCUUUCUCUCUCUCUCUUAAUACCCUCAAGCAUGUUUACAGAGCUGUAAUUAUCAUACCUGAUAAGUCUCAAAGCUUUAUAUUUUUAUAUCAGUUUUGAUACUGCUUUUAUCAGGCCGUCGAAAUGAACAGUCAGACCCAAAAGAGGGCAAAUGUUUCUUUAACCUGAUACACUGAUAUACACCUGAUAUACUAUGUGUUUAAAUCCUUAUACCAAUCAUGUUUAUUUUAAAUGUUUUCGAAUCGCUGAAAGUCACGAUGAUGAAAGUGUUUGAAAAAAAAAAAUGUAGGCUUCCACAUCAAUUACAGUGACUUCUUUGAAGCCCUAAAGAUCAGUUACCCUUAAAUACAAUUUAUCCAUAAGAACAAAACCCCUGAAUAAGGAUAAUUGAUCUUUAGGAAGUUCUACGUGACAGGUCUUUGUAUUUGAAAUUUGCCAUCAGACAAUCUUUUUUUAAAAUUAAGAUGAAUCCUUAUAUAAGAAUGACUGACUUUAUUAGCAGCACAUGAACCCAUUUUCUGACCAGAUGAAGAAACUGAGGCAGCUUUAUUUGACCUGUCCAAACAUGCUGUGAUUCUGUAAACACAUCUUAUCUCUGUCUCGCAAACUGUGAGAAGCAUUUCAAUAUUAAAUGUUAAUUUACCACCA